AUCUCCGAUUGUCUCUCAACGUAGUGUGGGCUCGUGCAACAUUGUUUAUUUUGAUCUCUCUCACCAGACAGAGCGGAUGAACUUUCAUUUGCCUUAUUUCGAAAUUUUAGGAGACAGAAGGAUUUUUUUUAAAUGACUCACUUCAUCACAACAUAGAAUAGCGCUUUAAGCAAUCGAACCUCGCUCUUUUGUCAUAUUAAAUGAUAAGUUUACCGGCGGACCCGCUAAGAAUGGCACGAAUAAUUUAACGUCGCUCGGGCUGUAUUUGGUGCAUAUGUUAAGAGCAUUUGUGAGUGUGGCCAGACCUUGGCUUGACGAUCACGGCGGGACAGUUUAAGCCAACUGUGUGCAGAGUUACUAUUUAUCUACAGAGAGACAUGUCUGGAGAUACCUGCUUAACAUCACUAUACCCAUCUUCUGGAGCCAAACCCAAAGCCCUCAGCUUUAAAGGAGGAAGCAUGGGGAACAAAUAUGUCCGAUUAAAUGUUGGAGGCUCCCUGUACUAUACCACUGUUCAGAUUUUAACCAGACAUGAUACUAUGCUAAAGGCAAUGUUUAGUGGAAGAAUGGAAGUGCUUACUGACAAAGAAGGUUGGAUUCUUAUUGACCGUUGUGGCAAACAUUUUGGCACAGUUUUGAAUUACCUGAGGGAUGACUCGAUUAUCCUUCCAAAGAGUAGACGGGAAAUUAAAGAACUGUUGGCAGAGGCUAAAUAUUAUCUCAUUCAGGGCCUGGUGGAUAUGUGUCAGACUGCAUUGCAGGAAAAGAAUGAAUGCUGUGAAGUUGCAUGCACAAUUCCCAUGAUCACCUCUCCUAAAGAGGAAGAACGACUAAUUGAAACGUGUGCAAAGCCUGUUGUGAAGCUGCUACAUAACAGAAGCAACAACAAAUAUUCCUAUACUAGCAAUUCUGAUGACAAUUUGUUGAAGAACAUCGAGCUGUUCGACAAGUUAUCCCUGCGAUUUAAUGGAAGAGUGCUUUUUAUGAAGGAUGUCUUGGGAGAUGAGAUCUGCUGCUGGUCAUUUUAUGGGCAGGGACGCAAACUUGCAGAGGUUUGCUGUACUUCCAUCGUGUAUGCAACAGAAAAGAAGCAAACCAAGGUUGAAUUUCCAGAAGCGCGAAUUUAUGAAGAGACAUUAAAUGUCUUGCUUUAUGAAACUCCACGUGUACCUGAUAACUUGUUGUUGGAAGCCACUAGUCGAACCUCUGGUCAGGGAUCACACAGUGAAGAUGAAGAGGCAUUGGAAGUUAGAGAUCGUGUGCGUCGAAUACAUGUGAAAAGAUACAGCUCCUAUGAUGACAGACCUCUUGGACACCAGGCUGCCUAUAGAGAUUAACAUUGUAAUCAGAUGGAUAGGUGUGAACAGUAUUUACAUUUUAAAACACUUUUUAUCAACUAAUGAUCAUCAGAUGUGUUAUCAUGAAACAUGAAGGCAACUGAUUGACUAAGGAAAAAAACCCUGCGCUUUCAAGGUUACUUUUCUUUCAUUUGUUAUAAUGUUGAUUUUUGUUUGUUUAAAAAUAAGCCUUUGAACUGAAAUGCUUGUGAAUUAAUUGGCCUUAACUCCAUUAUAGGUUGUCUUUCUAUUGAUCUUUAAUGUAGUUUCAAAAAUCUGAUGCCAGUGCCAUUGCAUACUCCACAGAGGGAGGAAACAAUCACAAUGAGAAUUUUCCUCACAUGAUUGCUACAUGCCUUUUCCUUCAGACCAUGAAGGCCUGGGAUUGAGUGCACCUCUCCCCUUUUUUGUCACUGUUUUUGGCUUUGGACAUUUAGAGGAUUCAUUCUUAAAUAUCAGAAGAGUACAUUUUGAGUCGAAACCUGUCUGCUAAUUUCAUACUUGUUUUGCUCCUAUUUCUGUUCAAUAUGGAUCAAGAUACUACAGUGCAAUUACUUUCUGAACCAUUGAGUGUGCCUUAGUUUACAACUCUUAUGUUGAUCAUUCAUUUCAUUUUUUUCAUUCAUUCAUUUUUAUAUUCAAUGUUUUAGGAGUGCAGGAGGAGAAAACCGUUAUAGUUACCAUUCUUCUCCAAGAAUAAUCCUUCCACACCAACUAUGUCAGCACCUUUAUCAUUUCAGACACCUAACAUAACAUUUGUAAAAUGGUGCAUUGCAUAUUGUUUGGGGGUGAGGUCUAGUCAUAAUCUAUCUGAAAUCCUCGUCUUUAAUACCUUUAUUUCCAAGUCUUAAUGAACUAUGAUUCUGAACUCUUUAAGAUGUGAUGUUUGUUUGUUAUUUGUGUUAUGGUGAAAUAUAUUUACAUGGUGUUUUUUUUUAAUGGAACCUCCAAGGAAAUUUUUUAAUAAGUAGCAUUGGCAGUCUGGGAAGAUAAUGUGUUUUCUUAUCAUUUUAAAAUAAUGGAAUUGGAUUUGCAUCUGAAAAUUAUGUUAACUGGACCAAAAUGUUAAGUUUCUAUUUUUGUAUGUGUACACUGCCCAUUGCUUGUCUUUGUGUGAACUUGAGACAAUAUAUUUGACACUACAGUGCACUGUUUGCAUCAGAUAAUGGUAUGUUGGCUGAAACUGACUUUAUGUAAUGUUUGUGAAACUAACUGACCAUUAGUCACAUAUGCAUUAUGUGAGUAAUUCAAGUUAGACUUUCAAUCUGAAAAAUUUUAUGGGCUUGUGACUUAGCUAAGAUGCAAGUCAGGAUUAGACUGUUUUCAGAUUGUGGUAAGAGUAUUUGCUUAAUUCUUCCCUUUUCACUUACCCCUGCCCUGAAACACACCAGUUGUUGGCUGACUAUAGAGUAGAUUUGACAACAACUGAAGGUGUGAUUAAGAAUCUCGUCUGCACUCUUAAGUCUGAGGUUGAGCUCCUUUUGCCUUCAUCUAAGCAAAAUAACUUCCUUUCCAUGUGGCUUUCUGCUUCACUAAGGACUGUUUCUAGGAUGCACUUUCUUUCAUUAUAAUACUUUAUCAUGUUAUGCAAUUUAUGUCAGAAGAAAACUUACCCUCAAGGGAAAUCCUCCUCAUGGCUCAGACAAAACAGCUUCGAACUUUAAUCCUAACCACCUUGAGGAUGACCAUACACAGUGAGGGCCAUUGACAGGCCUACAGUAAACUAAUUCACUGCCCUCAUUAGGAUGGUACUGCUGCAUGUGAUGCUAGUAAUGGCCCCAGAGGUUCUCUGAGAGAGCAAGAAAACAUAGGAGUUGAACAUGAGCAAUAGUCAACAACAGUCUGGAACGUUCUUGCUCCAGAAGGCAGGUUUUGUUUUAAAGUUGACAUGCUGCAGGGUCACAACCUCCAGUCACACUUUUUAAGGAUUGAUGGCAUACUUUUUGAAGCCCUGAAAUGCUUUUAGCCAUGAGCCUGAGUUUAACAUCAGAGGCAUAUACUUACCCUAAAUGUAUACUGACCAGUCCUAACUAAGUUAAAAAUCUCACAACACCAGAUUAUAGUCCAACAGGUUUAAUUGGAAGCACACCAGCUUUUGGAGCAACGCUCCUUCAUCAGGUGAUUGUCGGGUGAUGAAGGAGCGUCACUCCGAAAGCUAGUGUGCUUCCAAUUAAAUCUGUUGGACAAUAACCUGGUGUUGUGAUUUUUAACUUUGUACACCCCAGUCCAACACCGGCAUCUCCAAAUCAGUCCUAACUAGAGCGUGUGAUGCAAUUUUAGCAGAGGAAGAGCAUAUGCUUAUCACCUGCAAUUUUCAAACAUUAGGUACACAUUUUACACCUACUGAAUUUCUAGCCUAGUGCCAAAUACUAUGUCAUCUCAGUACUGUUGAACUGGCUGUACGGGCUUUUUUGUCAGCCAUCAUAUCUGAGCGAUAGUGUUGACUAAACUCAGUCACUCAUCAACAGUGGUGCAAAAUCUCCAAAGCUGUUUGUAUUUCACUACUUCAGUCAAAAUUGCUUGUGUGAGAAAGGAUAAACAAAUCAUCUCAAAGAUGUAAAAAUUUAUGCCAAAGUACCUGCUAAAUUGCUUGACCACCAUACUUUGACCCCCUCAAAUGUAAAAAUAAAUGAGUGCAUAUCCAAGAUGGGGAGUUUCGAUUGUGUACAAUCACAGGAUAGAAGUAAUUUCUUUAGAAAGGAUAGUUUUUGUUUGCUUCAAUGAUAAAUGAUCUGGUAUUAUCACUUUUAUUAUAAAUUGGUUUCAAAGUUUACAUUUUGGUUUCCUAAGCAGCAUGUAGAUAGCUGUCACAAUCCAAUAAACAAAUCUGGAUUAUCACUACAUGUAACUGAUCUCUAACUUCUGCAGUUCAUUGGUCCUGUAGAUGAAAUAUCCCAGUAUUUCAUAGUUGCAGCUGAAGAAGGUUUACAUGCUAACCUAAACACCAGUUCUGCAGUAUUUUACUUAAUGAACUAUAUCAAUGAUGACAUGCAGGAUAAGAGAAGCAGUUGAGGAAAAGGGAACUUUUUAGAGUCAAUAUUGAUUUUUGUCUUAUAAUUUGAAUGCAAGUAUAUUGAUGUCUACUUACAUUUCAGUCCUGUGUGAAUUUCCAAGUCUUUUUUUUAAUGAGCUAAUUUGCAAAAUCUUCAAAAGACACAAAUAUUGCAGUGAUUGAGGUGCUGCUUGCGUCUGUGAAUAUUGUAACAUCAAAUAUUGCAAUUAAGCUGUGAAAUGGUUGUUUAAAUUGUGGUUGCUGAAAGGCUUACAGUGAGCCCAGUUGAUUAACUAACACUGGAGUACUCACCCACGAAACCACUGUGUAAAUAAAACUGCUCAGAAUUUUUGACACUGUGAUGGAUUUUUUUCCCCACAAAGUUGCUGUAUCGCACAUAUUUAAAACAACCUGUAGGAACAACUAUUUGUAAGGAAUAAUUUUCUGGAAGGGUACUUCUACUUUACACCAGAGUGUUGCUCCUUUUUAAAUAUUGUACUAAAAAAUUAAAUAUUUACUAACAUCAAUAAAAUGUGGUGUUGCUUGAGUGUAA